CAACUAAGCUUUCUGUUUAGUAAAGCCUUUCUUUCUUUUUCUAUUUCCCAAUUAUUUUAUAAGGCUAAAACUGUUUCAACUCAUUAAUGCGGGACCAGGAAUAGUAAUUACAAGUGAAAUCAUCUUUUAAGGCUCAUGAUAAUAAAUGGGUUACCUUCACUUUUUAGGUUUUUUCAUUAUUAUCCUCUCUUUUUACAUGCAUUUCUUAUUGUAUGCAAACAUGAAAUUUUAAUGGUGCAUCAUUUGGGGACUUUCCAGAAAAGCAUCAGAAGCAGACAAGAGAUUUUGUUUGGCUUCUGGGAAAUGGGGUUGAGUGGUAACAGAAAAUUGGAAUAAAAGAAUAGAGAAAAAAAAGGUAGAAAAAAGAACAUAGGAUUUAACACAAGCACAUGCCUUCUAUGCUUUUCUUCUUCAUUGGCUGCAUUUUCUUAGAUCUUCUUUUUGUCCCCAUUUUAACUCUGCUUAUUCUUGGUCUUUCAGUGUGAUCCAGUUGGCUGGGGUUUUGAAUCCAUGCUUGUGUAAAACUGUCGGUUGUGUUGGUGUGGUAGGUCUGUGGUAGUUCGGCGUCUGGUAGUGGAAAAUUAAUGGGUGAAUCUGUAGCUGCUGCUUCAAAUGAUGAACACAAGAUGGGCGAGGGGGUUAAUUCAAAUUCAGCUCUUGAAGUGUCGGUUUCAUUUGGUAGAUUUGACAAUGAUUCACUUUCUUGGGAGAAAUGGUCAUCAUUCUCUCCAAAUAAGUAUAUGGAAGAAGUUGAGAAGUGUGCAACACCGGGAUCGGUAGCUAAGAAGGCGGCUUACUUUGAAGCCCAUUACAAGAAGAUUGCUGCACGAAAAGCGGAGUUAUUGGAUCAGGAGAAGCAAACGGAAAGUAAAUCCUUCACGUCAGGUAAUCUAAUUUGUGGAGAUCUAAGUGAAAAUACUUGUGGAGCUGAUUCCAGGUUUAGUAUAUCUACUGGUCAACGUUCUUCUGAAGAAGAUAAACAUGAAAACAACUUGGUCAGUCAGUUCAGUGAGGCUCAUGUCGAUAAGCAGAAUGAAGAUCCUCCAGGCAAUAUAGAGUGUCAAAUGCCAUUAACCGAGGAAGUGAAAGAGGAAAUAGAUGAUAGUUUAGAUUCAGGUAGAACGAAGUUGGAAAAGCCAGAAGAAGCUGCUUUAGUAAAUGAAGAAGAAGAAAAAGAAAUUUGUUCCAAGGGGUCUCAAGAUACAAAAGAAAUGCUGCAGAACAUGGAUAAAGAUAUCGAAAAUACUAAGACUACAGAGAAAAGCAUGAAGGUGGAUCAUCCAAGGAUUUCUCAGAAGGCCAAUCUAAUGAACAACAGAACUACGACCAAAAAGAAUACUCCAGUGAGUAAGGAGAGAAGUGUGGCAGGGAUAAAGAAGAAACCUGUAUCAUCCGUGACUAAAGCACCAGAAUUUUCAACCCCCAGGAUGUCAAGGCCAAAGCCUACUUCAACUGUCAUGCAUAUGUCCAUGUCAAGAUCUUCAACAAAGAAAGAGAAUGUCUCAACUCUACCAAGAAGCAACCAACCUUCCUUAGGAGGAAGCAGAAAAAUGGCCCCAAAAUCCUUGCAUUUGUCCCUUAGUUUGGGCCCUUCAGGUUCUGAUCCUGCAUCUCACACAGCAAUGCGGAAAUCUUCCAUUAUGGAGAAAAUGGGUGAUAAGGAAAUUGUGAAACGAGCAUUUAAAACAUUUCAGAAUAGUUUCAGCCAAUUGAAAUCCCCUGGUGAUGAACGGACUGCAGCACCAAAGCAGGUGGCUGCGAAGGGGAUAAAUUCAGGAUUUUCUACUCUUUCAACUCCAAGAAAAGAGAUGGCAGGGUCCCCGUUAUCAGGCAGCAUGGAGAAAAAGAGUUCGAAGUCUGCACCAGUUUCUUUUGGCUUGAAAAGUAAUGGAAGUACAGAGAAACAAAAAGAGUUUUCCAAGAAAUCAGAGAAGUUCAAUUCUAGGCAGGCAGAGAGGAUGACCCUUAAGACAAAUCCAAAGGAGAGCAUGACAAAAAAUCUAAGCCAAAGCCUUAAUUUAAAAACCACACCAACUGAAGGUCUUAAUCAGGGAGGGAGGAUAUCUAAAGGUCCUUCAGAUAAGGGACUUUGGGCUAGGAAACUUGCAUCAUCAACCAACAGCAUGGGGAAAAUCAAGAAUUUUUAACAUAAUAUGUUGCUGAUUUUCUCAGUGGAGAAGAAGAUAUUUACAACGAAGACAUUGAUUGAUUUCCCAGUAAGGACCCAUGCCACAGUAUCUUUGCUAAGCUGUCAAUUGAGGGGUCACAUUAUGUGCAUGUGAAAAUGGCAACAAUAAACACAAUUCAGUAUCAAAUCUUAUUGCCUUGGUGGUGUUAUAUCCAUAGUGCUGGAGAUAAAAGUUGAGGCUUUGUUGUCCUUCAUUGAUGAACUGCAACCUGCCUAUGCUGUGUAAAUAUAUCGGAAGAGCAUGAAUUUCUAGGCUGUGCUGCACUACCGAGUCAUGUCAGAAAAAUCUCUGUAGUUUCUUUUGUGUCCAAAAUAAUUGCAAAUAAAUGUUCUGGCUUGAUUUUCAGGGUAGACGAUAACCUUAUCUAGCUAAUCUAUGGCCUCUGCUAUCAAUCCAGUUGUUGCAACUUUUCUUUCA